GUGGUCCUGCGCAUGCGUCGCAUCCCUCGGCAAACGUUAAGCUAGCUAACUAUUUGUAUUUGGUGAUAAUGCAAGUAUUUGUCAUUUGUACCCAAACCUGCUCGAUGCUGGCAAUACUAUUCCGGACGACUUGAAUUGGAGUCACUGUUUCAUUAUUUGAGUCGCAGUGGUUCUUUGUUUCCAGUUGCUGAGAAACUCCACUAACCGUCAGCCCCUCUGUUUAUGUUGUGAAGUCACGCGGUAGUCCCAGCGGCUGCAGCCGGGUCGGUGGACGGUGGUCGGUGGCUGCUCCUGUGGUGUGUUUGAGAACUGGGCUCGUACUUCACUGCUCUCGAACAACGACUGUAGCCUGCGGGAGAGGGAAUGGAGAGCUGGACUCAAUAACUCCUGAAACUGUGGCGGCACCAAGUUCACCAUGAUGUCUAUGACUUUUGGAAUAUCAAGCAGCGUGACACUGCUGUUUGACUUCUGGGACGUGCACGGUCCUGCAGGGAUGGUGCUGUCAGUGUUUGUGGUCUUGCUGCUGACGGUCUUCUACGAGUUGCUGAAAGUGUGGAGAGUGUGGCUGGGGAGGAGCUGUAACCUGGCCCAGCCUCAGUCUCCGUAUUCUGCCCCACUGCCCUACCGCACAGACAGCAGCUCUGUACUGGAGAGCAGCCCCUCCGAGUCCUCGCUGACCCCCAUGGCGUCACACCCACCUGAUCUAAACACCAGAAACAGCUUGUUGCUGCAUGGUAUCCAGACACUCCUCCACAUGCUGCAGGUGUCUCUGGGAUACAUGCUGAUGCUGUGCGUCAUGUCCUACAACACCUGGAUCUUCCUCGGGGUCAUCGUGGGCUCGGUCCUUGGUUAUUUCAUUUCUUUCCCUCUCCUGGGUCAGAUCUGAUGGUUCUUGAGUUAAAAGGGUGUGCGUGCUCUCUGGACACUAAAUGGGGAAACUACUCGAUUGACUAAUUUACGCACAUUGUUCCGUUUCUCUGGGUACAGUUAGUAUUUGAAGAUUUUAACACUGAGCAGGGACACAAGGGGAAUUCUUUGUAUGCUAAAGAAUGAGCUGCACAACACUAACUGUCUCCUAAAUCUCAUCUGGAUGUGGAAAACUUCAUGCACAAAAUCAUCUGUCACCAGUUUCUGUCUCCUCCAUUUCUGUCCUCGGGAAUCAAUUGGUGACUUGUAAACCGCUCAAGUGGACAUAUAAAGUGAUAACACUUGUCUUUAACCUUAGGGACGAUGUGUGUAACUUGAUCAUUAAGGAGGUAGUUCUUUUGUGUUAAAGGGACGUUAUGUUAUUGUGUCAAACAGCAACUAUCUAAGUGAGUAAUGCAUGUGGAUUUCAGUUUCCAGGGGAGAGAGUACUGAGAGAUGUACAACAAUACUCAGAUGGGAAGUAAUCCAUAACUUGUGGCAUAUUAUUGUUGCUUCUGUAAAACAAAAUUCUGGUCAACCUUUACGGAUGGAAAGCCACUACACAAUUUACUGUUCAUUACUAAACAAUGCACGUGUUAAUGACACUACAGUUGAUUAAAAUGAAACUCAUCCUAAAGAUUUUUGUUUUUGAGUGCUUAAAAGCACCAUUUUGUGAUAGGAACCAACAACAUAAAGUAUUAAGUACACAUUCAGUUUUUCUUUUUCGCUGUGUUGAAGUGAAACCUAAAACCUGACUCACACUUGGAACUGUGAUUUACAGUGAUCAUAAGACGUUACUCAGAUUCAGGAACUGAAUCAUGUGAUUUUAGCUUGUAAACUUCUCUCAUGGGUAGUUUUGGUUCACUGACUGGUCAGAGUCAUUGUCACACAGAAGUCAGGGGACAGUGAAAUGUCAUUGUUUGUCAAUGAUUGACACAGAGCCAAACUUACAGGCGAAAACCCCAGUUUGAGUGCCUUGCAACUGAUAUUUGUGAUGUGUUUUCUAUUUAAAUAUUCUAUUAUAUUUCUCAAAUGGAUUCUGAUAAUCAAAACAUUCAAAUGUCUGAUCACAUUAGGGUUGUUUAUUGAUUUUCUUAGUGGUGGGUUGUGUCAUAAUAAAAAAAUCUCCAAGGAAGAAUAAAAUAUAAAGAAUAAGUUGAUGAAAUGGUUUUAUUCAUCUGUAUUUUUAUAUAUGUCAAGAAGACAAAAGCACUGAAAGGACAAGAGGAGCUGCUCACAGCAAACAGGUUGUGUAAUAAAUAAACAGAUGAAUACAGUCAAUGGUCCUCCAUUGGCAGUAAAAGGUAUGAAUCUAAAUAAAGAAAGCUCAAAAUGUGCUUGAUACAAUGACAAUGGAUGACUUCACAACAGUAUGCUGACUUGUGAGAUUGCAACAACUUCUCAGUGUUUAACAUUAGAUUGCAGCUUGGUCUGUUGACUACAGGUGGUACAAAAGUGAAAGUAAUUCACCCAUAGAGUGUGUGUGUGAUGCUAACGACGAAAAAUGUACUAAUGUUGAUUUUACAGGUUCCAAAGUUUCUGCACAUUCAUAAGAAGGUUCUUGGAGAGUAUGUGUAAUUUGAUACUUAUUCUAAUAAAAAUGCAGAUGUAAAA